AAGAAGAAAAGGAAAUCCCCUUUCGCCUAUGCUCCACCGAUUUUGCAACUGAAUUUGGACUGCCGCCCGACACACACACAUAUAUCCUCGGACCCAAGAACAUGCCGGCCCACGGCGUCCUACUGCUCCCCACUCCGCUCAAGCUUUACCCUCCACUUGAUUCCCGCUCUCAAACUUUCUGCUCGCUUUACCAUCUUACAGGCAGCAGGAACCAAAAGGUUUCCAAACUCAAGGCACGCUUUUGGGAGUCCAUUAGAUCAGGAAUUUUAAAGAACAAUACAGCACAAGUUAUAGAACCACCUUCCACCGUUGAAGAAGAGGAAGAGUCCUUGCCCGAGGAAUUUGUUCUUGUUGAGAGGACCUCACCUGAUGGAACAGUUGAGCAGAUCAUAUUUUCAUCUGGUGGAGAUGUUGAUGUGUAUGAUCUCCAAGCUUUAUGCGAUAAGGUUGGCUGGCCCCGGAGGCCACUGUCAAAGCUAGCUGCAGCUCUGAAAAAUAGCUAUAUAGUUGCUACUUUGCAUUCCAUAAGCAAACCAGCCGGAGAAGAGGGAAAUGGCCAGAAGAAGUUGAUAGGCAUGGCCCGUGCUACAUCAGACCAUGCUUUUAAUGCAACAAUUUGGGAUGUUCUUGUUGAUCCUUCUUAUCAGGGCCAAGGACUUGGAAAAGCUCUUAUUGAGAAGCUCAUACGGGCUCUGCUGCAGCGGGACAUUGGAAAUAUUUCUCUUUUUGCAGAUAGUCAAGUUGUGGAGUUCUAUCGAAAUCUAGGUUUUCAACCUGAUCCUGAGGGCAUUAAAGGGAUGUUUUGGUACCCAAAGUAUUAGUUGACCUCCAGUGUGCGCGACCACCUUGCCUGCUUAUUGGUUGAUAAUUUCCUGCUCCUAUCAAUUACUGUAUACUGGUGAGCAGAGUUUGAAGGGCGUGAACAUGUACAAUAAGCGUAUGUAGAAUUCCAAUACCAGAUGAAUGGGUUCUGAAAUACAUGGAUUGCGAAAUUACUACCGUCUAUUAUUCUCGAUGAUGAAAUGCAGAAUGAUUGAUCUUGAAAAUGUUUAUAUACGCUCUAUGCGAUUCUAUGGUGGAAGACAUGGAAUAUCAAAAGGUCAACUAUGUAUUUAAACUAUACUGCUUCACUUUUCAAUCAAACUGUAAAGGUGUUAAUUGUAAGGAGGACAGAGAUAAUGUGAGCAUCAGGUGAAAACUUGUUAGUCACAUGGUACAAAGGUGGAGUAUUUCAUGGUAACAAAUGUUUUAGUGGAGGAGUGAUGCGAUUCACAUACAAAUAUAUAUACACAUGUAAAGUAGAACUAUUUGGAUUUGGGUUAGUAAGUUAAUCUUUGAAUUUUUCA